AACGGAAGAACAGUCUUCUAGUCUUUACUUGUCACAGCGUUUCCAUCAGGCGGUUUCUGCUCAGGACUAUGUGCGCAGCUGAGAAUGGCGGAGGCCAGCGCGCUUGAGGAGCUGCAGUCGGAGCUCACCUGUCCGGUGUGUCUGGAGCUGUUCCGAGACCCGGUGAUCCUCGAGUGCGGACACCACUUCUGCCAGGUGUGCAUCAUCCAGUGUUGGGAGGCCAAAGCCGACGAGCUCUCCAGCUGCCCGAAGUGUAGGAAGUCGUGCGCGCGUAAACUUCGACCCAACUCGCUCCUGUGCAACGUCGUGGACAGCGUGCGCAGAGCCCGGGCCAUGGACGCGGCCGCGGGGACGCUGGGAUGGGAGCUGGAGGGGGAGCUGGAAAUGCCGGAGGAACGAGAGCCCGGGUCCAGCAUGAGCAGCGUGGCCUCGUCCAUCGGACACUGGCCGCGCCUCGGUAUGGACAUGUGCGAGGAGCAUGAGGAGAAGCUGAAGCUGUACUGUGAGGACGAUCAGCUGCCCAUCUGUCUGGUGUGUGGGAUGUCCAGAGACCACAAGACCCACAAUGUCAUCCCCAUUACCGAGGCCUUUGAGAACUACAAGGAAAAGCUGUCAGUGGCUCUUGAGAAGGUUCUACGACAGACUGAAGAGGCGACACUCUUCCAAAGCCAAACCAAUGAAAAGAUCCUCCUCAUAAAGGAGCGAGCAGGAGAUCUGGAGGAGCUGGUCAGUGCAGAGUUGGGCCGUCUGAGAGAAUUCCUACUGGAGGAGGAGGAGCGCAUUAAGGACAAACUGCAGAAGCAGAAAGAGGAGAAACUCAACCAACUAGAGGAGGCGCUCACGAAGGCCACAGAGCAAAUCAGCCAACUGGAAACUACGGCCGACAAACUUCGCCUCAAACUGAGGGAAGAAGAAAACCCAGAGCAACUCAAGGGAAUUAAAGAUUUCAUUGGAGGGGCUGAAAGCUUGUUUGAGCGCCCCCCAGAGGUGGCUGUGGAUCUGCAGUCAGCAGAGUUUCUGGGGCCUCUGCAGUACAGAACCUGGAGGAAAAUGAGCUCCAUUUUUCAACCAGCUGUCACAGCAGUGACCCUCAACCCAGACACAGCCUAUCCUUGUCUGUGGGUUUCUCCGUGUUGUACCAGCGUCCAGGUGGGGAAAAUCCAGCCAAACCUGCCCAACAACCCCGAACGCUUCACCCGCUACAACAUCGUCCUGGGCUCUGAAGCCUUCUCUUCAGGCAGACACUACUGGGAGGUGGAGGUGGGCUCCAAAACAGCGUGGGGUCUCGGUGUGGCCACAGCCUCCGUCAACAGGAAGGAGGAGAUCAGCCUCUGCCCGGAUGACGGUUUCUGGACGAUGGUGCUGAGAGACUGUGGCGACGGCACCAGCGAGUACGAGGCCUGCACCGACUCAGAGGAGAGCUUGUUAUAUCCCUCCAAACCCCCCAGGAGGGUGGGGGUCUAUCUGGACUACAGCCGUGGUCAGGUGGCAUUUUAUGAUGCAGGAGACAUGAGCCACCUCUUCACCUUCUAUGAUGCAAAGUUCAAAGAGCCUGUCUUCCCCUACUUCAAUCCCUGGCCGAUCGUCAAUGGACACAAUCGGGAGCCGCUCACCAUAGUGACGCCACACUGGGGAUAGAAGUCUUUUACCAGAGAACUGAUGUUGUGCAUCAACAGACUCAGGUGCAAACUGCAAAAGGAGAUUCAUCAGCUAAUGAACUUUGAUGGCCUCAUCCAGUGAGCAUUCUCACAUGUGCCUUAUUGUUCAGACUUUUUGGCUGCAUGAGGAUAAUCAUGUAGGUAACUGUAAUUCUUGUAAGACUAACAAUAAAACUGGACAGCUGACACUUUAGAAGACUUUACUGUUAACAACCAACGUGAAAACAGCAAAACCAAUCAAUUAAUUGAUCAAACAGUAUCUGUGUAGGGAUAACUUCAUCUAUUUUAUUCCUCUGAGACUCAGAAGUCCAUUGCUGUUGUUUCACAACUACAAGAAAACCAUCAAUUGUUGCACUGGCAGACAAGAUCCUUUAUUACAGAGAACAUACACUGUACUUUUAUAUUAAGUCAGCUCUACAUACACCCUCCUGCUGCUUUAUAUUGUCACUAGUGCGCCAAAUGUUUGUUAAUCCGCACUUUAAAAUACUUCUAAAAAAAUGUGCUAUUUCUCCUGCUUUUGUUAAACCCCACAGUGCCCAGAUGUUUUAAGAUGUCACUCUUACUAUAUUUAAAGCCGUUCUUGAUAAAAGAGAAAAAGAUUUAUGUCUUAAUUAGAAAUUAAAGGUCUUGUAUGGUGAGCGAACAGUUUGUUGGUUUUGGUCUUUUAAUCAAAUGUUAGAGUAAGGCGUAUUGGUUGCUAAAAAUACAAUUAGGCAGAAAGGUGUUAAAAAUCUUACUAAUUUUGCUUCAAGAACAGCAUCUAAUGAUAUAACAUGAUAUAUUUGAAUGUUUUUAUUCAUGCAAUCCUGUUAUUUUUAUGACAUGUACAUCUAAAGCCACGAUAUGUUAAGUGAACACUGAUAUUUAACGCAAGAGUUUAAUAUUAUGAUUAAAUGUCCUACUGAA